AACCAAAAGUUCCCCAUGGCUACUUAUACUCCUUCAACUCACUCUCCAUUCAACAUAUCACUCAUCAUGAAAGACUCAUCAAGAUCUUCAAAAUCUUGGCAACCCUUUAUCGCAAACUGUUGUUCGGUUGAAGAUCAUACGGUCUUCGACAACUUCAGUAGGUGUAGGACUUCAAGGUCUGAUUUUUCAAAGAGUGUUGGCCAAUCUGAUUUUUCAAAGAGUGUCGGUCAAUCGCCAUCUUUUAGGCGCAUAUCUUUCUCGGACCUUAGCCGCUCUUCUUCUAUACGUAUACAUGAAGACAUAGCUCAAACUUUUGGUCCAGACUUGUUCGACUUCAAACUCAGCGAGUUACGAGGCAUAACUCAGAAUUUCUCGGGUGAUUUUUUGCUAGGGGAAGGUGGGUUUGGUACGGUUCACAAGGGUUAUGUGGAUGAGAACAUGAGGUCCGGAUUGAAGGCUCAAGCCGUUGCGGUUAAGCUUCUUGACAUUGAAGGAUUGCAAGGACAUCGUGAAUGGCUUGCUGAAGUGAUAUUUCUUGGGCAACUUAGGCAUGCAAACUUAGUGAAACUGAUUGGAUAUUGUUGUGAAGAAGAAGAAAGGUUGCUAGUAUACGAGUUCAUGACUCGUGGUAGCUUGGAAAAUCAUUUGUUUAAGCGGAUCUCGGUUUGCCUACCAUGGGGAAAUAGAGUUAAGAUCGCGAUAGGUGCAGCCAAAGGGCUUGCGUUUUUGCAUAAUGCUGAUAAGCCGGUCAUUUAUCGCGAUUUCAAGACUUCUAAUAUUCUACUUGACUCGGAUUUUAAUGCAAAGUUAUCAGACUUUGGGCUAGCCACAAUGGGUCCCGAAGGAUCAAACACUCAUGUGACCACUAGAGUUAUGGGUACUUAUGGUUAUGCAGCUCCUGAAUAUGUCAACACCGGUCACUUGACCACGAAGAGUGACAUUUAUAGUUUUGGAGUAGUGUUGCUGGAACUGCUAACCGGCAAAAGGGCAAUGGAUAAAUCAAGACCCAAGAAUGAACAGUAUCUCGUGGACUGGGUAAAACCAUACUUGACUAGCACCCGAAGACUGCGUUGCAUCAUUGACCCGAAACUGGCAGGUCAAUAUUCGGUCAGGGGAACCAAGGAGAUGGCGCUUUUGGCUCUAAAUUGUGUGAGUUUGAACCCCAAAGACAGGCCAAAGAUGACUGAGAUAAUCGAAACGCUUGAAGGGGUUCAAAACUUGAAGGACAUGGCUAUCAGUUGUGGACAAUGGCCCGUCGCUUCACAAAAAAACGCAAGGGGUGCGGUUUUUAAUCCAAAAGGAACAAGACAAAUGAAUGGAGGUCACAUAUAUUGGAAACAAACUCCUGUUAACACCUUGAAGUCGAAAGGAUAAUCAACUAUAUAUAUGCUCUUGCUUAUUUCCAAAAGCUCAUGUAAUAUGCAUUUAAAUUUUGACAAAUAUGUGAUUGUAUAAAUAAUGUACACUCCCAUUUCUCUUGUUUCAUGCCUCUUUUUACUUGUU